CCGGCUGCUACUCAGGGCUGCGUCCCGCCCUCCACAGCCUCUACUUCGGCGGGAAGCGGCAGCGAUUGCCCAGGUCUGGCGGCAAUAUGGCGGCCAACGCGAGCACCAACCCGUCGCAGCUCCUGCCGCUCGAGCUUGUGGACAAAUGUAUAGGUUCUCGCAUCCAUAUCGUGAUGAAAAGCGAUAAGGAGAUUGUCGGGACGCUGCUGGGAUUUGAUGACUUUGUCAAUAUGGUGUUAGAAGAUGUUACAGAAUUUGAGAUCACGCCUGAAGGCAGAAGAAUCACAAAACUAGACCAGAUUUUGCUAAAUGGAAAUAACAUAACAAUGCUGGUUCCUGGGGGAGAAGGACCUGAAGUAUAAAUUGAUACAGAUGUCGUCUCUGAAGACAUGUUAUACAUCAUCUAAACAGAGCCUUGGGGUGUGGGUGGGUUUUUUUGGUUGUUUGUUUACAUACUAGCAAUUUUGACAUUUGAUAAAAAACAAAGAUUUCCUGUUCAGGAAAGGUGCAUUGCUAAUGCUGACUUUGUAAGUUGAAAUCAUGACUUUCUUGUAAAGACAUACUAAUUUGCUCAGAAUAAAGGCUUUUGUUUUGUUAA